UUCUCACCGGUGGUUCUCGUCAUAAUUAUACCGUUUGUUUUCAAAAUUUAUUCAACGACCAACAGAAGUUUCGCACGGCGAAUUUAGCAAGCUUACCAAGAUGACGACACUCUCAUCCAAACACUGCCUUACCACUGCCUCCGCCGCCACAUUCCUCUUCACAUUCAUCGCCGUCCUAAUUUCCGCGGUCCUCGCCGGCGACCUCCACGUCAUCAAUUUCCGAUCGCGGAGCCUCUUCCCGGAGGGCCUGGCGUGGGACCCGACAACGCAACGCUUCCUGGUCGGAUCCCUCCGCCAACGCACGAUCUCCGCCGUCUCCGAGGGCGGCAAGGUGGAAACCCUAGUCUCCGACGAUUCCCUCCCGGAGAACGUCACCGUGGGAGGCAUCACCGUGGACUCACUCAACCACCGCGUCGUGGCUGUGUUCCACUCCCUGGAGCCCCUCCCCCCGUUCGACGCCCUCGCCGCGUACGACCUCCGCUCCGGCAGCCGCGUCUACCUCUCCCUCCUCCCCCGCGCGGCGGGCGACGACCGCCGGCUGAUCGCGAACGACGUGACGGCGGACGGCGGCGGCGAGGCGUACGUGACGAACGCGGGGGGGAACUACAUCUGGAAGGUGGACAGGAACGGAGAGGCAUCGAUCUUCUCGAGAUCCGCGAGGUUCACGGAGCAUACGGUGGUGCGCGACGCAGUGUAUAGCGUGUGCGGGCUGAACGGCAUCGUCCACGUGAGCAAGGGGUACCUUCUGGUGGUGCAGUCCAACACGGGCAAGAUGUUUAAGGUCGAUGCGAAGAAUGGGACCGCGAGCCAAGUGGUUUUAAGCGAGGAUAUGAUGGGCGCGGACGGCGUCGCUUUGAGGAGCGACGGCGUCGUUUUGGUUGUGUCGUAUAACAAGUUGUGGUUCGUGAAGAGUAACGAUGAGUGGGCCCGGGGUUUGGUGUUUGACAAAAUUGACCUUGAUUCGGUUGGGCUUCCUACUUCGGUUGUGGUGGGACAGGGCAGUAGGACGUACGUGCUGCACGGCCACCUGCUGGAGGGCCUUUUGGGGAAGUCUCUGAGGGAGAGUUUCAAGAUUGCUGAGGUUAGGUCUCCUAAGGAGAAUCAAGGCAAGAAUGUUUGGAUCUUCCUUUUGCUCGGAAUUGGCUUGCUUUAUUUCUUCUUUUGGAGGUUUCAGAUGAAUCGCCUUGUGAAAAACAUGGACAAGAAGAUCAACUGAUGAUCAUGUAUUUUAAGUUAGUGGGCUUGGACAUGAAAUAUGCAUCCUUGUUGGGUAUAAUACAACAAGCACAGCAAAACCCCAACCCUACAAUAAAAAGGAUUAAUAAGCACAUACAUAAUCACAUCCAUCCUAAAGUUACUUAUCACAAAUUUCAUGUACGACUAAGCAAGAGGGGAAACUUUGAUCUUGAUAUUUGUGAAAACAAAGAUCUAAUUCUAAUGGUAUUGAAAGAGUCAAAUGUGUGUUCCUACUAUUGCAACCAUGUUUGAUAAAUUAUUUGCUACUA